AGAGUCGCGUCUUCUCAUGCGCAGUCGCACACAACCGUACUUAUCGCUUUGUCUACCAACGGCCGGGCGCUUGCUCUGGUAACUCUUCGGAGAUUCUCCUCUGGUUCUUCUGAAUACAAUUUUCAGCAGAUUGACCUUCACGACCUGAAGAGGUUGUGCUUUGUUCUGGAUGCACCCCAUGUCGUUCGAUCCAGUCACGAGUGACCGACGUGCACAAGACGGCACGCGGUUGUCCCGCCUUCUUCACCGUGUGCACAACAAACUGGGAGAACACAAGCCUCAUCCUGCUACCGCCGCUUCUACAGCCUCUGCGCUGGGAUCACAGUGCAGUGGGCCCAUCGGACCUGGUGCUGCAGGACCCAAUGAUCCUUUCUGGCUGGAGACCAUUGAGCAUCAGGGGAUUGCGGCUUUCAACCCGAACCCAGGAUCGUACCAGGUGUUCCGCAACGUGAAAGACUUCGGAGCCAAGGGCGAUGGUGUAACCGAUGACACUGCCGCUAUAAACUCUGCGAUGUCUGCGGGUGGUCGCUGUGGAGGAGGGUCGGCGUGUCAAUCGUCGACGAUAACACCAGCCAUUCUAUACUUCCCUAAAGGAACGUACAAAGUAUCGACGCCCAUCGAAACAUACUACUACACACAAAUGAUUGGAGACGCUCGCAACCCACCCACGCUCCUCGCGGCUCCGAACUUCUCUGGCAUUGCGGUGAUCGAUGCCGAUCCAUACAUUCCUGGUGGAAAUGGGGAACAAUGGUUUGUCAAUCAGAACAACUUCUUCAGAAGCGUGCGCAACUUCGUGAUCGAUCUUCGACAAAUGCCCGCUUCUGCGUCUGCUACCGGAUUGCAUUGGCAAGUAUCCCAGGCGACGUCGUUAAUGAAUGUUCGAGUCGAAAUGAGCACUGCAGCCGGCAAUAAUCAUCAAGGUAUCUUCAUGGAAAACGGUAGCGGAGGAUUCAUGGGAGAUCUCAUAUUUAACGGUGGAAAAUUCGGUAUAUGGAUUGGGAAUCAACAAUUCACUGUCCGCAAUAUCACGGUCAAUAACGCCAAUACCGCCAUAUUCGGCAUCUGGAACUGGGGGUGGACUUUCCAGGGUGUCACGAUCAAUAACUGUCAAGUGGGCUUCGAUCUUACAACAGGCGGAACCUCUCAGGCUGCUCAAACCGUCGGCGCCGAAGCGAUCAUCGACGCAGUCGUUACUAACACCCCGAUCUUCAUCCGUAACUCGGUACCCUCUACGUCUCUCGCUGGUUCUCUCGUUCUGAACAAUAUCCGCUUGAACAACGUCCCGGUUGCAGUCGGCGUUGUCGGAGGACAAGUGGUCCUCAACGGAGGGACCACAACCAUAGACUCGUGGGGUCAAGGCAAUAUCUUCAGCGGCACAAGCUCCACGGGCAAAUUUGUGCAGUCGAAUAUUCCUGCACCUAUCAAAGCAGCCAGUCUCUUGGACAGCGCUGGAAGAAUAUUUGGACGUACUCAUCCCCAAUAUGAAGACUUUGCGGUGAGCCAGUUCGUGAGCGUGAAGAGUCAAGGUGCCCGUGGAGAUGGCAAGACCGAUGAUACCGCAGCAAUUCAAGCAGUCUUUGACAAGUUUGCGGGAUGCAAAAUCAUAUUCUUCGAUGCCGGUACGUACUUCAUAACCGAUACUAUCACUAUUCCUGCUGGGGCACAAGUCGUCGGCGAAGUCUGGAGCGUCAUCAUGGGCGGCGGAUCUGCGUUUGGUGAUAUCAAUAACCCAAAGGCCAUGAUAAGAGUUGGAGCUCCCGGCUCUUCAGGGAUCGUCGAGAUUACGGAUAUGCUGUUUUCGACUCAGGCUCCAGCUCCUGGCGCUGUCGUGGUUGAAUGGAACGUGAACUCUCCCCAACAAGGUGGCGCUGGUAUGUGGGAUACUCACAUCCGACUUGGUGGAGCUGCUGGAACAAACCUACAAUCGAAUUGCCCAUCUGGCUCAGAUUCAUCCUCAUGCAUGGCUGCCUUCUUAGCAUUACAUCUUACGCCACAGUCGAAUGCGUACCUCGAGGGCACAUGGGUUUGGCUUGCUGAUCACGACCUGGAUGGAUCCGGCGAGCAACUUACCCUAUUUAGUGGACGUGGUAUUUUGUCCGAAUCUGCUGGUCCCGUCUGGCUAAUUGGUACAGGAUCGGAGCACCAUACGCUCUAUCAGUACAAUCUCGUGAACGCCAAAGACCACUAUAUGGGACUCAUUCAGACGGAGACGCCAUAUUAUCAACCAUCCCCCGCGCCGCCUACACCGUUUUCGAUAAACGCUGCAUUCCAUGACCCAAGCUUGCCCGAGCCAGCUGCAUGGGCUUUAAAUGUCCAGAACUCUCAAAACAUCAUCGUCUUCGGUGCAGGUUUAUACAGUUUCUUCCAAAACUUUAACCAGGCGUGCCUAGACAGUAACACAUGCCAGGAUCAGGUCGUCAACAUAGACAGCGGAUCGACAAUCAGCAUUUACAGCCUGUCAACCGUUGGUCUGACUCACAUGUUGAGUGUUAAUUCUCAAGGGAUUAUCCCGGCAAGUGCGAACCCGAAUGGGUUGCAGGCAACUGUUACUGCUUGGACAAGAUGAUCAAAGUUAGGAAGGGUUCGGUGACGAAGAUUCAUGAUCUUUACGAAUAUUUUAUAUCAAAGUUCUAUUGAGCAGCAGGAAUUUUUUUAAUUUUUAUUUCAACAUAUUGUUAUGAUCUCG